AUGAUACCAGAGGAGAUUUUUCAGUUUUUUAGUUUACAGAGAUGCAGAAAAAUUCUUGAAGGACAGUUCGCCAUCAAAUGCUCAUCGUUGAAGCCUCAAUUUGAUUACCUCGUAAGCAAAUGCAAAAGCGUUAAGCAAUUCAAACAAAUACAUGCUCAAAUCACCGUUCAUGAAGGCUUUAUUCCUCAUGAAACCUCACUUCCAGAAUUGUGUAGGCUGGCGUCUUUUUGUGCAAUUUCACCUCAUGGAAACUUAUCUUAUACUAAAACCAUAUUUGAUCAGCAACCAAACCUAUUGUGCAACUCUAUAAUACGCUCAUUAGAGGGUUCGGCACCCCCCCUAACCAGCCUCAAGAAUCCAUCUUCUUGUUUCGUCAAAUACUACGUAAUGGUGUAG